ACAACUUCGUCAAUCGCCAACCAGAGGUACAAGACAUCAACAUCAUGCCUCAAAAGCCGGCAGGUGUUCCAACUGAGGGACGAGGACUGGAAGAACGUGCGGGUUACUCUCACUCCUGCCUUCAGCGGCAGCAAGCUCAAGCAGAUGAUAGCAGCGAUGAACAGCUGUGCUGACCAGCUCGUGGAGAAUCUCAACAGCUUCGCGACAACAAAGGAGUCUUUUGAUGCCAAGGAAGUGACAGCUGCAUACAGCAUGGAUGUCACUGCUAGAACAAUCUUUGGAGCUGAGGUCAACUCACAACAGGAUCCACAAAACCCUGUUAUCGUCCACGCCAAGAGAGCAUUCAACCCCAACUUUAACAACCCGCUGAUGUGGCUUUGGAUGGUGUUUCCCAACAUCGCGAAGCCCCUUUUCGAGACCUUUAAUUACCACCCCUUUACCACGAGGGACGUUACCGACUUCUUCUACGGAGUCAUGGAGCAGCUUCUGGCAAUGAAGAAAACUGAUGGAGGCAAAGGACGUGUCGACCUGCUCCAGAUAAUGAUAGAUGCACACCAGGAAAGCGACGAUGGCAGCACAAGUGGACCCAAAGUGGUCGGGAAAAGACAACCUUUAACCAGAGAUGACAUUGUUGGAAACGGAAUCGGCUUCUUUUCGGGAGCUUUUGAGACCGUCUCAAUCACCAUGUCCUUCGCGUUGUACCACCUGGCGCUCGAUCAGGAGGUCCAGGACAGAGCCAGGCAGGAGAUCAGAGAAGUUGCCGGAAGCGAAGGUGAGGUUGGCUAUGAGGCGGUCCAGAAGAUGUCUUACCUCGAGAUGUGCAUCAUGGAGACCCUUCGUCUCUACCCUCUUGUAUCCAACAUCCAGAGGGUUGCUAAUGAAGAGGCCAGGCUGAAGUGGAUCACCGUCCCCAAGGGUAUGCGUGUAAUGGUCCCCGCCAUCGCCAUUCACUAUGAUCCUGCUCGCUGGAACGAACCGAGGAAGUUCAACCCCGAAAGGUUCACGAAGGAAGAGAGGGAGAAGCGGAACCCGAUGGAUUGGCUGCCCUUCGGGGUGGGGCCGCGGAACUGCAUCGGGAUGAGGCUGGCUCUGUUGGAGCUGAAGGUUGGACUGGCCAGGGCGCUGAUGAAGUACCGCUUUGUGACUGGACCCGAGACUGUCCCUGUGAAGCUGAACAAGUGGAAAACGUUCCCCACCCCUAUGGAACCCAUUCGUCUGAGGGUGGAGCCAGUGGACUGAUUCUUCGGAAUAUGAAUAAGCUCCCGAAUCCUUGUUUCAUUUUCACGAACGUUUCGGUGACCGUCUGUCACCUUUCUUAGCGCAGUUCUGACUGGUUUAGAUGUUCAUUGUAAAGGUAAGGGCACAACCCGCCGUACAUUCAAAUACGUGCUG